AUGGACACCCAGUUGGGUGACAUCCCUCCCUCGACUGCCGGUCCGGACGACCUCCCUGACGGCAAGCGACGAUGGCGCCGCAAUCGGAUUGCCUGCGACUCAUGCCAUGCUCGUCGCGUCCGUUGUGACCGUGCCUUUCCUUGCUCCCGAUGCCUACGAAGUGAAAUCCACUGCCAAUUCACCCGCGAGCGCCGGAAACGAGGGCGUAUUGCACGGUCCAAGGUGCCGGCCACGAACACGGAGAAUACGAGAGACCGAGCCCCCGACAAAGAGACAAACGGUGGGGACGGCCUGCAGGUGGCCUUGUCACCCCUGCAGCAAAGCUCUCCCGCAUCCACAUUCCAGCACCGGUCGCCGGCCACUAACGAAGUCAGCAUCCUCUCUGCGCCGAGCGCCGAGGGCCGCCGCCGCUCUGCGACGGAUGGGUUACGACAUCGAGCAGGUCCGGGGGCGACUAAUGUCACCGAAGAAUGGUUGUCUGCAGCGCACCUGUCGCCAGAGUCCUAUGAAGUCCUCGGGGGCUCGGGUGGCGGCGAUGGACCUCUCCCCCGGCUGCUGGAUAUCUGGAACCCAGUCGAUCUGGCCGGUCACCGGCCCCAAACGGUGUCGGCGCCGAUGCCUUCCAUACCACGGCCGAGUCUUUCCAAUCGAGGACAGAUUCCUGGCCCAGCACGAUCUUCAUUGAAAUACCCGGUGCUGGAGCCUGUGAUGCCGUUCUUAGAAUCGAAUCUCCCUCGUCGACUGGUGUGCGACCUGCUGGAGCUAUAUUUUACGAGUGCCUUUUCGACCCAUAUGCACCCCGUGUGCCAUCACAUUCAUUGCUACCUCCUGCGAAAAGCUUCUUUCCUCAGUCCGGACAGGCCACGGCCCAGCAGCCCGGCACUCUUGGCGAGUAUGUUGUGGGUGGCGGCGGUAGACGACAGAGCCUUUUCCUUGUCCAUCUCGCCGCUGCAACGCCGCAAGAUUUGCCAAUUUCUCUGCGCUCUGACGAUCCGCUUGCUACGACCCUUGAUUCAUGUGUCAUUCAAGGAUCAGGAGCCACCCGCAGCGGGCGAGAAUGGUCAUGCAACCGCCGCCCAGGAGGCUUCGGCACAUCACCCGUUCGAAGGAGUGGGCGAUGAUAAAGGUCUGGUCGGACCCGCUGGCUCACUGGACGAUGUGAUCACAUACAUCCAUGUCGCAUCCAUUAUUUCGUCUAGUGAGCAAAAGGCUGCGAGUAUGCGAUGGUGGCAUGCUGCAUUUACGCUAGCACGAGAGCUCAAACUCAACCAGGAAAUGGAAGUGAUGCCCAAUGUUGAUAGCCAGAGUGAUGGCUCAAGCCCGUCAUUCGGUUACGCUCUGGCCGGCUGGCCUGGCUCCCCAGGCGGUCCCGGCUUCGACUACUCCAAUCACAGUCGUCCAAGCUUGAACUGUGUGUGCGAGCAAGGCGGUAAUUCGCAUAAUCCCGCCGUAGUCACAGAAGAGCAUCGAGAGGAGAGACGUCGGACAUGGUGGCUGUUGUACAUCAUGGAUCGGCAUCUUGCACUCUGCUACAAUCGACCAUUGGCACUUCUCGAUGCGGAAAGCGAAGAUCUUCUUCUUCCACUGGACGAGAGCUCCUGGCAGGCGGGCAAUAUUCACAGCAAUAGCCCCCGACAAGAUGGACCCCAGUGCCCGCGCUCAGGAGAUCAGAACAAACGCCGCGUGUUUCCCAACUUCAUAUGCCACGAUCACUCCAUCCUUGGCUUCUUCUUGCCGCUCAUGACAAUCACCGGAGAGUUGAUUGAUCUGAACCAGGCUCGCAACCACCCCACGCUCGGUCUCCGGCUCCAGGGGAAGGAGGCUUGGGAGAUUCAUGUGGCAGAGGUAUUGCGGCAGCUUGAAAUCUACAGAGCUAGUCUCACCACCUUUGCCGCGGCCACUACCGCGGACCCGGAAGCGUCACUGUCGACCGCAUAUGCCCCCAAACCCGAUCAACCGGCCGACCCCCAGAUCUCUCAAGCUUUUUCCUGGCAUACACAGACGGUCAUUGCCUAUUCAUCCUACUUGGUCCAUGUUCUCCAUAUCCUGCUAGUGGGUAAAUGGGAUCCGGUCUCCCUGAUAGAAGACAAGGAUUUUUGGACUUCGUCGCCGGCCUUUGCGUCAACCAUUUCUCACGCACUGGAAGCUGCAGAUUCUGUGCAGCAAAUCCUACGAUUUGACCCGGACAUCAGCUUUAUGCCAUACUUUUUUGGUAUCCAGCUCCUGCAGGGCAGUUUCCUGUUGCUUCUCAUCGUGGAGCGCCUUCAGAAGGAAGCGGGUGAAGGUAUCCUGAACGCCUGCGAAACGAUGAUUCGCGCCACCGAGUCUUGCGUCGUCACUCUGAAUACGGAGUACCAACGCAGCUUCCGGCAAGUCAUGCGGAGCGCCGUUGCACAAGCGCGCGGGCGGCCUGUGAAUCCGAGCGAGAUCCGACAUCGCCGCAAAGCGGUCCUGGCCCUCUAUCGAUGGACACGCAAAGGCACUGGUCUCGCGCUCUGA